UAUAUAUAUAUCCCAAAAGAGGGGAAAAAAUUAGGCCAAAAAAGAAUGGUCUUUUCCUCUAACCCAUUAUCUCUCAGCGUCCCUGAUCACACCUUCGAAUCAUGGCUCCGCGACUCAGGUUACCUCGACGUCAUCGACGACCACCAGACCGCUGCUGCUGCCACCACCACUAAUGCCUCCACAACCACUGACUCAACAAUAACCAUCCCAAUCACCGGCUUCCUUUAUGGAUAUUUGGUCUUUUUAUUUUCUCAAUUAUGGACCCUUCUUUCUCUCUUCACGCUUAACCCAUUCUCCAAGCUCACCACCAACGAUUUCUCCGGCGAAACUCCGUCGUGGACUAAAGGGUUUUUCGGGGAUUUUAGGUCCUAUUCAUUUCCAUCAUCGGUUUCUCAGGCACGGCUCAGGGUUCUUGAGAAUGUUAAGCGUUAUGCCCGAAAUUAUGCCUCACUUUUGAUUCUCUUCUUUGCUUGUUCUCUGUAUCAGUUGCCGCUUGCUCUUGUUGGGUUGAUAUCAAGUUUGGCACUUUGGGAUUUCUUCAGGUUCUUUAGUGAUAAAUGGGGUUUGGAUAGAUUUCCUGUCACUCAACAGGUCUUGAUUCGCAUAGUGCAAUGUGCUACUGCAAUUAUUUUGAUAUGGUUGAAUGUUCAAAUGGCUCUAUGUUGUGCCCUUGGCGUUAGUUAUAUAGUUAUGAUUUUACACGCUGCGUUUCGGAAGCUUACUCCAGUAAAGCAACCUUCUCGAGCAAGAGAUCAACAACUUUUCUUCAAUGAGGAAGGAAAGCAACAUCGUAGAGGAUAAUGGCUUAUAUGCUGGAUGAUGCUUAAGUGACUGGUCUUGCUCAGCACAUGUAAAAUGAAAAAUAGAAAAUGCAUUAUUACACAAUAAACAUGUGAUAAAGGAUCUUGUUUUGCAUUCUAUCAAUCAUAUGCGGAUGACUCUUCUAACCUGUGUGGAAGUUUUGCUGGUUUAACUUUGUAUAUUCCAUCAAGAAAGCUCAUGCACCCCCUUCCUGUCCAGAUAUUGGCAAAUUCAUUCUGAAAUUGCAGUUAAAGGAUUCUUGGCAAUCAAAGUCCUAAAAUUCGCUACGUGCAGAACUCGAAUAGAAUUUCAAGAGGUGAAUAUGAACAUGUAAACAUACUGUUCACCAAAUUUGUAACUAAACCAUUAUGGAUGCUUGCUAUCUAUAGUUUCAAAUAAAAGAAUUUUGUG